AUGAAACCGGUCCAGUUGCCGGACGCCACGUCAGGUUUUCUCGAGGUGCCCGAUGUUGUAGGGCAGCGGCGGAUUAGACAGCUGCUAAGCGUCGGCGAUGGGGGAGGUGGGGAGGGCGGGGAGGGUAGGGAGAUCGGGGAGGGCAGGGAGGGCGGAGAGGGCGGAGAGGGCGGGGAGGGCGGGGAGGGCGGGGAGGAGAAGGGCGGGGAGGGCGGGGCUGUGUUGGAAGGAGGGGCAGGGUUCUUGGAGCAGCAGGCAGCGGAUCAGCGGCGCCAGGAGCAGCUGCAACAGCGGGAGGAGGAAGGGUUUAGUUCUGUGCUUGAAAUGGUGGUAAGCUCAACAGUCGAAUCGUCGUCAAGCAACGUUCCUACUACCACGAGUAACGGGCCCGCUAUUAGCGAGUACAAUCUCUUCGUGGACUCCCCCGAGAUACAGCGCGAGCUGCGCGCGGUGGAGGAGCGCAGCGGAAUUCCCUGGGCCUCCCUGCCCGCCGCUUGGUGGGGCGACGCGGCGCCGUGGCCGAAACUACAAGGAGGUUUCCUCUGGGACGACGGUGGCAACCGCGAGAGCGACAAUAACGGAAGUGACAAUCACAAGAGCGGGAGAAAUAACUCGGAGGCGCUCCGGACCCCCGUCCCCGGCGAUCCCUCCCGCGCGCUCCCCGCUCCCCGUUCCCCCCGCCGAUUCCUGUUCUUCUCUCUGCGCAACGAGGCGUGCGCGGGGGUGGCGCACACGCGCACCAGCCUCGCGUGCCAGCUGUCCGUCGCGCGCGCGCUCGGUCGCACGCUGCUCGUGGACGCGUCCCAAUGCACCGCGCCCGAGCACGUGCGCGCCGCCGGCACGCGCCGGCACGUGCAGCCUCUGUUCGCGUACUUCGACCUGGCGCGCGUGAGCCUUGCGCCCGUGCUUCCGCUGCAGCGGUUCGCGCAGGAGAGCGCGCUGUGGGGGGAGCGGAACCAGGGAGGGGCGGGGGGUGAGCAAGGAGAACGGAUGGAGAAUGGGGAGAAUCGGGAGGAUGGGGAGUGGGCGCAACAGGGGGAGGGAGGAUGGCAGGUGAAGGGUCAGGCGGAACGGUUAACUGCUGCAAUAGCUCCGGAAUCGGCAAGCCUGGAGGACCUGCUUCGGCUAUCCGAGCCUGUGCUGCUGGUUCGGCAAGCAGCCACGGGAUUCGCGGACUGCGAAGACCCCAGGAACGGCGGCCUGGUGUCUUCUGAUUGGUCGGCCAUAGAGUACCGGCAGGAGCUGUGGGCGGUAGUGUGGCAGAUUAUAGCGAGUAUGGACGGAGGGGACUAUGAUGCUGUGCAUAAGCUCCCCCGACUCAUCCCCCCCGGGCAGUCGGUGUACAUCGCGAGUGACGAGGCCCCGUCCUUGUUUUACCAUCUCGUGUAUACCCUUAUGCACCACUCUGCCUUGUUCCCUCCACUUGCUCCCCCUUCGCUUGCCCUCCCUCAGCCUGGCAAGAAGCUCCCCCAACUCAUCCCCCUGGGCAGUCGCCUAGCACAGAAGCUCCCCCAACUCAUCCCCCCCGGGAGGUCGGUGUUUAUUGCGAGUGACGAGGCCCCCUCCUUCUUUGAUCCGCUGCGAGCAAGUCCAGGCGGGCAAAGGAACGAAGGGGGUGGAGGAAGGGAAAGAGAGCGAGGGGAGCACCAGAGCGGUGGGGGCCAAGAGGUGCAAGUGGGAGACGAGGGGCACGGGGGGGACGGGGGGCAAGGGGGGGACGGGGGGCAAGGGGGACAAGAGGGCGGAGGGAAGGGAGAGGGCGGAGGGAAGGGAGGGGGUGGAGGGGGCGGAAGGGGGCUGUACCGAGUGCACAUGCUGGGGGAUUAUGCGCACCUGUGGGGGGAAGGCAGCGACUGGUGGAGGGCGCAACUGGCCCUCAUGAAGGGGCAGGGGGAGGUGGGAUUUGAUUCGUACAUGGAGGUGAGUUCCGAGGCCUCGACACUCAAAGAGUGGGGUGGGGGGGGGGGGGUGGCAUUUGAUUCUUACAUGGAGGUUUUGCCAAUCGCCCAAGCAGUUUGGGUUGACGGCCACAUCGCCCAAGCGAUUUCGCCAGAGUUUCCAACGGGUCCCAGCAGAGACGAGGGGUGUCCUGGUAGGAAGGAAUGUUCAGGAGGCCAAGCUGACGCCAGAAUGCUCCAAGCAGUCCGCGCCAUUCCCGCCGACCCCGCCAUCCCCCCCGACCCCGCCAACCCCGCCGACCCCGCAAACCCCGACAUCACUACUAAUCCCGUCACUAUCACCGAUCCCGUCCCCGACUUCGAGCCGCAAGCCGCGGAACCUACCGACAUUGCUGGAGCUCCCGCUCCCUCCGAAAGCACCACCGUCGCCGCGCCGAACCCGAAAGCGAGAGGCCACGCUAACCACAAGGUCAAUGCCGCCAACCCCAAGGGCAAGGUCGAUGCGCCAAAGGGCAAGGCCCUUGGGGGUAAGGCUGCCCCUGGCGGAAAGCAGGCCCCUGGCGGAAAGCAGGCGCCGGGCGGAAAGCAGGCGCCGGGCGGAAAGCAGGCGCCGGGCGGAAAGCAGGCGCCGGGCGGAAAGCAGGCGCCGGGCGGAAAGCAGGCGCCGGGCGGAAAGCAGGCGCCGGGCGGAAAGCAGGCGCCGGGCGGAAAGCAGGCGCCGGGCGGAAAGCAGGCGGCAGGCGGAAAGCAUCAGGGCGCAGGCGCAAUCCGCGGACCAAAGGCGCAUCCCGCCCCCAGCCCCGCCCCCAGCCCUGCCGCCGGUCCCGCGGUCGCCCCCAGUCCCAGCUCGGCGGAAAACAAGAAGAAGCCGCUGGGGAAGCAGGUGGGGAAGGUGGGGACCGUCCUCCGCGGAUCGUCCGUCAUCACCGCAGCCGGCGGCGACGAGAACGCGACGGGCAACGCGAUCCUGACCGUCUAUAAAAGCGGCGCGAAGAUGAACGUCAGGUAUAUCCUGUCCGUACGCCGCGUGUCUGCGGCCCAGCUGCCGAUGGGUGCAACGAUUAACAGCGGCGCCAGCAACGCGACUGGGCCGGCGGUGGUCGAUUUCGCCGGAGCUGAUUGGGUGAACACGACGGGCGUUGUUCGCACGCAGGCUGGUGACGUCGUUCUCGCGUCGUCCGUCGCAGAGAACUCGACGGAGGCGGCUGUCGCCGAGGCCGCGGACGACCAUCUCAGCUAUGCGACGACUGGAGUGUGGGAAGACGUCGACAACAUUCGCACGGCCUCUGGCGAAGCCCUUUCCACUGUGAUCGAUAAAAUUCUGGCUGACCCGGGCAGCUUUUACCUGGUUGUCGCAACCCCGAAUUUCAGCGAGGGGGCUGUGCGCGGGCAGUUGCGCAAGGGCACCGGCGCAACUGUGCUUCCGCCAGGCCAUCAGCGCCAGUGGGAGCAACGGGGGAAGAAGGCGGGUAAGGGGGAGAAGGGAAAACCUCCCCGCAACUAG